AUGUUGCACGGGGCCAUGGUGGAGAUGGUGGGAAUGAACCUCCCCGACGUCCACAGAAGAUCCCGACAUCCUGUGAGUCAUCCAAAGAAAACUCAUGUCCCUGCAAAAUUCAAAAGCAAAGUUUAUCUCGAAGUGCAUAAUUAUUUUGAUAUUGAAGCUUUCCGAGACGCACCUUUCUGGAAUCAAAUGAUUCAAGGAAUCGACAGUGAUUGUGCAUCGUGUUACAGGCGUCGGAAAGGGAAGUUAAAGGAACAUUUUGAUACAGUGGGAGGCUAUAAGGAUGUAGACUUCGUAAAGAGAAAUCCCCCACGGACACAGUCUAAAAAAGAGUGGGGAAAAGUUAUCGACAAGCUUUACACAAAUGAAAAAUGGAAGGGAAAGUCUAUACAAAAUAGUGAGAACAGAGGAAAACAACUUUAUCCAAGUUCACAUGGGAGUGAACCCUAUUCCCAAAAGCGGUUUAAGGAAAGAAAAGCAACAGGAAAGGUGAAUUAUAUUGAGGGUUGGAAGAAGAGUCACUAUAAAGAACGUCGUGGAUGGUGCAACAUGCGAGCACAACAAGAUUGGGUUAAAAUUGAAAAUGAAUAUAAGAAAAUGUUGGACGAGGUUGGUGGUGAUGAAUCAAAAGUCAAACAGCUAGAAUGCUUGGCUCGUGUACUUGUAGAAAGGAGAGGUCAUACACGGGGUGUUGGUCGAAAAAUGAAAAAUGUAGCACCUUAUAAUAUCCCGGCUCCUUCAACAAAUAAUGUAGACCUCAAUGCAUUUGCUCUUCAGUUGGCUCAACAAUUGAGUCAACAGUUUAAUCAACAAAUGCAACAAAUGUUCAUGUCUCAAAAUCCAAACACCCAACCUCCACCGCCGGUUCAAUUCAAUAUUGAUCUCUCACAGGUACAACUUCCGAACAGACAAGUGAUAUAUAAUGAUGAUGCUCAAAGUGAUGAUGAUCAAAGUACCGAUUGGCAAACUUCUAGUGGAUCAGAUUAAAUUAGGUAGUAUUUGUAAUUCUAUGAAACUUUUAUACAUUUUAAAUGAAUGUUUUGG